UUAGACCUCCCCGUUAGAAGAAGCUGUGAGCUGUGUUUUUUUUUAACUCUCACUGCCCCUCUCAUUGUGUCCUGGGACCGCACUGAGCACUCUCCUUCUCACACUGUCUCUACAUCCACCUCUCCCGGGAAGAUGUCGCCUUUAGCUUGUACCAGCCUGUUUGUGGGAUACUUUGUGGCUCUUUGCUGUAGAGAUGCCUUUGGAGUGGAUGUGUGGUCGGAUAAUCUCGAUGUAAGAGUAAACGAGUUUGGAGAGGUGAUUCUUUCUUGUAAAUACAGACUGGAGAAAGAACAGCCUGCAAGGCUGGAAUGGAAAAAAGUAUCGCCAAACGGAGAUAUUUCAUUUGUCUACUUUGGUAAUUCCCUAGCAGGUGAUUUGUUGGCACGUGCAGAGAUGAUGGAUUCCAGUAUCAGAAUAAAAGCUGUAACCAGAUCGGAUUCGGGAAAGUAUCGCUGUGAAGUCAGUGCACCUCAAGACAGCAGGAUUUUUCAAGAAAUCACAAUAGACUUAAAUAUUUAUGUUGCUCCUAGUGUACCAGUAUGUGAUAUCCCUAGCACAGCGAUGAGCGGCUCUGUAGUGGAAUUGAAGUGUCGAGAAAACGAAGGCUACCCAGCUUCAGAAUACAAAUGGUUUAAGAAUGGUGUUCUACUAGACAACCAGGGGCAAAAUUCCAAAGCUACAAAUGCGACUUACAGAGUGGAUAAAGUCUCUGGAUCGUUGCAUUUCAAUGUAGUGGCCAAAGCAGACACAGGCGAGUAUUACUGUGAAGCCUACAACACUAUUGGAGUGGCUCAGAAAUGCUCUGCUAAAAAGAUGCAAGUGGAUGACUUAAACAUUGCUGGAAUUGUUGCUGCAGCGGUUAUUGUAGCUCUUGUGAUUUUACUUUGCGGAUUCGGAGUGUUCUAUGCUCACAGGAGAGGAUACUGUUCCAGGAGGAAACCCUCAGAGAAAGAAAUUACAAACAAAGAAAGUGACUUCAAACACACAAAGUCGUUCGUCAUAUGAACAGACAUUUUGUAAUGGCGGCCAUGUUAGCUGCUGACUUCACGUCUUGCGUUCUUGCAUUGAAGACACCAUUGUGAAUAUGACAGACUUGGAUAAAAAUAUAUAUUUUUUACAUGACAGAGAUAAAGCCAAUGAAUAUGUUCCUUUGUAAAGAGAUGUUAAUGUUUUACACUGAAUCUCUGUGUAAAGUCUGUAAAGGGUCAGGCGUUCUGUUCACCCUUUGCUGCAAUACAAUGUUUGAAAGACAUCAAAGAGUAUAUACUGGAGUGUCCAGGAACCAAUUAAAGCAAGAAGCAUGGAUCCCAAAGCUGCCGUAUACUCCAUUUAAGAGCUCCAUCAAGUUUCUGUUUAUCAAUAAAAGGGAAACUCUUGAAUAGUCAUGUUUACAUUUAAACACAACCUUAAACGGCGUUUUAUAAUUUUGUUUUUCUUUUAGUUCACUUUAGCAGUUUGCAUUUACUUCAAAGUUUUUUUCUUUCCUUAUUCAUAGAUUCAUGUUUUCAGAUGCUUCAAGGUUCGCAGUCCUACGUUUUGCAAUCAGUGAAUUAAAUCAAACUGUAGUCCGACUCUGGAAUGCAGUAGAUGAAUAUAAAUACAGCCUUGCUUUGGUAUGCAGUCGUUUACUUUUUGUGUCUUAUUAGAAUGGUAGGUUUGAAUGUUAGUUUCUGGUGGAAACUCAAUAGAAUCUGUAAAUCUCUGACUGUCAUUAAAUGACCUAGUAAGAAAAUUCCAUAAAGAAACACCUUAGUCUGGGGAUAUAUAGGGGGUAUUUUUUUUUUUUUAAAUGUACCCUUAUCAGCCCAGAAUUCAGAUCAAUAAAACCUAAAGUUGGUCACCCUCUAUGUUACUUAGUUGUAUUUUAUUUUGUAUAUAAAGCAAUUAGCUAAACAAUGUAUCAGGCUGACAUAGAGUAGCAUGCUGUUCAGUGCAUACUAAUUUAACCUGUUUUAAAAUCAGGAUAGAACAGAAUAGAAUGCAGUAUUACUUGAUGGAGGCUGCCAUUUUGUUGACAGUGUUGGUUCCAUUACUGAUGACGGACUAGAAAACCCUGGUAUAUUAUAAACCACCAUCUGUGGGUUACAAAUACAGUCCUGCCCUUCUUUUUGACUAGACGAGUAUGGGAAGGGUUACAUUUUAACAGAAUGGAAGGUAUCUAGUUAUGGCACUUCAGAAAAAAAAAUACAUGGUGAAAAAUAUGAAAAAAAUAUUGUGCCUUGAAUGUGUCAUGCUGAUAGGAUCUCUCUGAAGAUUCUUAAGUGGAUUUGUUAAGUUCGAGAUUUUUGUCUCAUUAAAUAUAUGUGAAUAAA